AUCUUGCCUACUGCGCGUAUAAUAUUGGACAACGGGGCAGAACGGACAGCUGCGUGACAGCUUGACCUUCACAAACACGCUGCAGCCAAAGAAGGCAUCACACCACAUAAAGCCUCGGUAUGAUGAGCAACGCAUGUUUGAAACAGUGGUGAUUAAGGCGGCGUAGGCAAUAGCGCAGGCACCUAUCUCGCCGCCACCGACACACCACGCGCACGGUAUGGGAAAGGCGGGCAAGAAGCGCAACCGAUCGGCGCUGGAUGAGGGUGACAGGAAGCAGCAGCUACAGCAGCAGCUACAGCACCAGCAGGAGGGGAAUCCGAAGCAGAAACAUGAGGGAGAGGGGGAGCACGCGCGGCAGGGGAAGGCGCAGCAGGCCCAGAUGCCCGGCUCGGAGUCGAACGACAGCAAGCGUGACAAGGAGGGAAAGCGCAAGAAGCAGCGGCGGGAGGGGCAGGAUGGUGGCUCGGGGGAACAGCAGCAGCAGCCUCAGCAAGAACGGAAACAGCAACAUCAGAAGCCGCUGCAGAAACCAUUUGCCCCCCAGCAACAGCAACAGCAGCAACAGCGACAGCAGCAGCAGUCGAGUGGGGCAGCUGCGCCGCCGGCGGUAGCGCGGGCGGACAGUGGCCGUGAGGGCUCGGAGGAGCGGCGGCAGCGGCGGAAGGAGAAGAAGGAGCGAAAGAAGGAGUUGCGGCGACAAGAGAAGGAAAGGGAGCGGGAGCAGAAAGAGCGCGGGCAGGCAGGUGGGAAGGAGGUGGAGGGGAAGCGGGCGCCAACGGAGCAGCAGCCGGCGGGGGUCGUUAAGGCCGAGACGGCAGGGGCAACUGCGGCGGUGGUGCAGCCAGUCACGGUGACGGAGGUGGAGGGUAAGCAGCGCAAGAGCAAGAAGCAGAAGCGGCAGGAGCGGGAGGAGCAGGAGCAGCAGCAGCUACCGGCAGCAGAGCAGGAGCAGGCACAGAUGCAGGCGCCGCCAGAGCAGAAGAAGCAAAGCAAGAAGGAGAAGCGGGAAAGGAAGGGCAAGCAGGAGGCAAAGGUGGAGAUCCCUGCUCCGCAGGGCCAGGGUCAGGGCCGCCCUGCGACGCAGCCGGUGCCUCCCCCCGCCGCCCCUGCUGCUGUGGCGCCUGCUGCUGUGGCGCCCGAUGAGGUGCAGCAGCAGCCGCAGGAGCAGAGGCUCAGCAAGAAGGAGCGGAAGGCGAAAAAGCGGGAACAGGAGGAGAAAGAUAAGCAGGAGCAGCAGCAGCAGCAAAAGGAGGAGCGGGAGCGGCAGGAGAAGCAGGGGCAGCAGCAUACACCUCCCGUUGCGGAGUUGUUGGCGGCGCGCGGCCACGCCUUCGCCACCGAGGCCUGCACCACCUUUGAGCCCGAGUACCUCACAGAGCUGCUGCCGCGCCUGGACGUGCUCACGUGCCGCCACGUGCUGGCGGGGCUGUACUUCCGUACCGCCGACAAGUACCUCAGCCCGUGGGAGUGCCGGCAGGCACUGGAGGCGUUUGAGCCCAAGGCACGGCGGCAGCUGGUGAAGAAGUUUGACUCGGGCGAUGUGGCGCGCGUGCUGGCGGCCACUGAGGACGACGACGACGAAGAGGAGGGCGAGGAGGAGGAGGACGAGGAGGAGGAGGGCGGGGGCUUUGGGAGCGAUGAGGCGGAGGAGGCGAGCGGGGAUGGAGAGGACGAGGAAGGGGAGGAAGAGCCGCCUGGAGAAGAUCUGGAAGACUCAGACGUAGAGCUGGAGGAGGGGCAGCAGACGGGGAAGGCGGGGAAGGGUAAGGAUGGUAAGGGCACGAAGAGCGGUGGCGCUGGCGGGGGAGACGGCAGCCGGCGGAGGCUACGGAGGCUCUCAGAGAGCAGCGGCGGCAGCAGCAAGGGCUGCCGAACGGCUGUGGCGGAGCAGGAGGCGGCGGAGGAGGAGGAGAGUGAGGAUGAUAGCCUGGACGGGUUCAUAGUGGGGGAUGAUGAGGAGGUGGAGGAGGAUGAGCUGGACGAGGAGGAGGAGUAUGAGAGCGAGGGCAGUGAGGAUGGAGACUACGUGGAGGAGAGCGAGGGCGAGGAGAGCGAGGAAGAGGAGAGCGAUGACGAGGAGUGAGGAGUGAGGCAGCGGACUAGCGGAGUGAGGGUGAGUCAGGGCAAGUGGGGGCAGAGGAGCGGUAGCGAGUGGCGCUGCGUAGGGUAGGUGGACGCGAGCAAGAAGCAUACGGUAGGUGAGGCAAGCGAGAAGGUUGACUAAGCGAUGAUGCGAUGUGAUUUGCAAGGGUGGGAUGUGCCGCGAGGGCGUAUGGGAAGCGCGUUCGGGAAUGUGGGCAGGCGACAGGACAACCCAGGCCCCUCGCCCGGGCGUGUGCCAGCAAGCAGAGUGACAAGGGCAUGAGAGUUCCAAAUCCACCGGGGCGGUAGCGGGAAAUGGCUGCAGGGCGCUGUGUAACGGUGCGGCUUU